AUGAUCGGCGGCGGAGGCAAUCCAGUUCUGCAGAUGGUUCCUUUGGGAAUUGUUUUGCUGCUGCAGAACUAUGACAUUGAAAAGUUGGGAUAUCUUGUCCACUUGCGGGUCCUUUACGGUGUUGUGCAGUUCUGUUGCCUGGGUCUUUUGAUUUAUGUGCGCUUGAAGAUCAAUGACAUGCAAGACGAUGGGGCGAAAGUGCAGGUUCCAGCAACAAUUCAGAUGGGUGUUGAAGUGAAGCCUGCAAUGGAGAUGACAACCAAAGAAUAUGACAACUCCAAAUGGUUCGAGCAGAUGCAGCAGUGUGUCAUUGGAUGCCUUGUGCUCACAUAUAUCCACGUGCACUGGGGUCCGACCACCCCAUUGGCUUUUCAAACAGUGACAGCGCCCAUCCAGCUCCUUGAGGCCCCAUUGGUCAAAAUACAUGCUCUUGGCAAACCUGCUUACGGAUCGCUGAAGAGGCCGUUUCCACCUCCAAGUCUUUUUGGACUUCCCCAACUUCCCCAAGCAGAGCCAGUCUCGAAGGAGAAGGAGAAGAGCAAGAAGGACAAAUCCAAGAAGAGCAAAUGA